CGAGUUUCUGUUUUCUGAAAAUGGUUUUACCCAUUUCAGAUCUUGUCAAGGCUAGAGUUGUUAGGGGUAACAGUUACCAUCAAAGGCGAAUUAAAGAUGCAUUGCGUUUUUUAACUUCAGCAACAGCAACUUUAACUGAGCAGUGCAGUGCUCACCGUGAGAUACAAAGGAGUUUAAAGAAAUUGCUCCGAUCUUACCGCCAUGGGAUCGAAUAUCGUUUCAACAAUGGUGUUAACAUAAUCAAUGGCGUUUCACUACAGUGCGUAUUUGCUUAUUUUUGUUUUUGUAAACUUAUUUUACAUUCAUUUUUCUUUACAGCGACCCCGUGAUAUCAAUGCAAGAUAUUGCCAAAGCGCAAUCAGUGACCGGAAGUGGAUACCAUCAAUCCAAAAUUCAACAUUUCAGAGCUUUACUGAUGCAACCUAUCAGUUUUGUUGAAGAGUGCAAUGCUCACAGGGAAAUACAGCGUAGCAUGAAAAUUCUGGAUCCCCAGUAUCGUACUGGGUUUAACUACACCUUCAACAACGCUGUUGUUCACAAUUCGUGGGCUUUCCCUCGCCAUCUGUAUUCACCAAUUCAAGGGUUUGGAUGGGGACCCAGGAAAACGACUUUGUUAUGGCAAUACCAUGCACUUCCUAAGGAUCCUAAUUAUCGUCACCCUGUCAAUUUCCAUGCUUUAAAUUCAACUUCUACUUUAACUACAACUACAACUUCUCAACCUCGUGGAACAUCUACUCGGGCUCAACAAUUCCCACCUGUUCAACAAUUUCCUGUUCGAGCAAAUGCCAACCAACAACUUUCUCAAAUUCAUGUCCAACAGUCCAAUAUCAGUACUCCAUAUGUUGUUUGUGCUCCCUCCAUGACUCGCAGACAUUUUCAAGUUGUUCAAUAUUUGUCUCAAACUCCACAACCACCCCAUAACAUUGCUCAUCCAAAUGUAAACUCCCUACAACAACAAACACGAUUUGUCCUACAACCACCACGUCUCAUUCUACGGGAGCCACAAAUUGAUCCGCGUCGUCAGUUCGAGCGUCAAAAUGAUGAAGAAAAUAGACGAGAACAACUAUAUAAGAGAAGAUCAUCAACGUCGCCAGCGAGAAAGCAGACUCGAAAAACAACACCGUAG